CUUUAAACCUCUUCUCCUGAAAGAGGAGAGAGGAAGUUCCUCUCAGCUUCUCUCCUUGAUACCUUUUGUGUGUUCUUCCUCAAUAAUCCCCCAAUCCACUACCUCAUCACAACAUGGCAUCCCGACGCAUAUCAUCUCGGCUAUUCCACCCCCGAAUCCAGGGACGAACGUAUUCCAGCGCCGCCGCAUCGCCGGCCUCGCGUCUCAACCUCCCCAUCGACUACAAGACCACGCCCCUUCUCCAUCACACGUCCUCGACCCUCCCCGACACGCUCGACCUGCCGGCCUCAACCUCAUCGAAAUCCAUGAACCUCUACCAGGCCAUCAACUCCGCCCUGCGAACCGCCCUCGCGACCUCCAACAAAGUCAUGCUCUUCGGGGAGGACGUGGCCUUCGGCGGAGUCUUCCGCUGCUCGAUGGACCUGCAGACGGAAUUCGGCUCGGAGAGGGUCUUCAACACGCCAUUGACGGAACAAGGGAUCGUGGGGUUCGCGAUCGGCGCUGCCGCGCAGGGGAUGAAGCCCGUGGCCGAGAUCCAGUUCGCCGACUACGUCUUCCCGGCCUUUGAUCAGAUCGUGAACGAGGCGGCUAAGUUCCGGUACCGGGAGGGGGCGACGAACGUGGAUGUUGGGGGGUUGGUCAUUCGGAUGCCGUGCGGAGCGGUGGGACAUGGUGCUUUGUACCAUUCCCAGUCCCCCGAAGCCCUCUUCGCACAUAUACCAGGGAUCCAGGUGGUGAUGCCGCGCUCACCUUCGCAGGCCAAGGGCCUCCUCCUCUCCGCGAUCUUCCAACACAACAACCCGGUACUCUUCAUGGAGCCCAAGGUCCUCUACCGGGCGGCGGUGGAACACGUGCCGAACGAGUACUACACGAUCCCGCUCAGCGAGGCGGAGGUCGUGAAGCGCGGGAACGAUCUCACCAUCGUGUCCUAUGGCCAGCCGCUGUACCUGUGUUCAGCGGCGAUCGAGGCUGCGGAGCGCGCGCUGGGCGCGAGCAUCGAGCUGAUCGACUUGCGCACGAUCUACCCCUGGGACCGGCAGACGGUGCUGGAUAGUGUCCGAAAGACGGGCCGGGCGGUCGUCGUGCACGAGAGUAUGGUCAACUACGGCGUUGGCGCUGAGGUUGCGGCUACCAUCCAGGACCAGGCUUUCUUGCGGUUAGAAGCCCCUGUCAAGCGCGUGGGCGGCUGGAGUACGCAUACCGGGUUGAUCUAUGAGAAGUUUAUUAUUCCGGAUGUUACGAGGAUAUAUGACGCUAUCAAGCAGACGCUUGAUUACUGA